UCAUAUUCAACGAUCAUGUUAAUUGUAUCAACAAAAGAAAAUAAGGCUACUCCAUUGAUUGUUUUGUAAUUUUACUAUGAGGUCAGUCUAUUAUCGUGAUAAUGCAGCUGCAGACGUGUGUAUUUCUAGUGAGUGUGCUAGCUAUUUCGGCUAACGAAGAUUGGCUGCAAGUGAAUACGCCGCAAGGACCCGUGCGCGGACUCAAACAGCCGAAUGAAGAAGUGUACGCGUUUUACAACAUACCCUACGCCACAGCACCUGUUGGUGUUGACAAAUUUAAGGCACCUCUUCCACCACCAACCUGGAAGAAACCGUUUGAGGCCAUAGACAGGAGCAUCAUCUGUCCACAAAACAAAAUAGUUGUUGAACUGCUGUUGGAACACGUAAGGAUGCAGGAAAAUUGUUUGGUUGCCAAUGUUUUUGUGCCAGACACUGUCGAAAAAAACCUGUCAGUCCUUGUAUACGUUCACGGAGGCGCUUUCUUAAUUGGUUAUGGAAACAUGAAUAAAGGUACCCAGCUAAUGAAGUCAAACGACAUAAUUAUGGUCACGUUCAACUACCGCCUCAGCGUACACGGGUUUCUUUGUCUAGGCACAGAAGGCGCUCCAGGAAAUGCUGGCAUCAAAGAUCAGGUAGCUCUGCUGCGCUGGGUGCAAGAAAAUAUUGCCAGUUUCGGAGGAAAUCCUAAUGACGUCACACUGGCCGGUAGUAGCGCAGGUUCUGCUGCAGUCGACCUUAUAAUGCUCUCUAAUUUAGCCACGGGACUGUUUCACCGAGUUAUACCUGAGAGCGGUGGGAGCCUUGCCGCGUUUGCAGUACAAAGAGAUCCUUUAGAAACUGCAAAGAAUCACGCCAGAAGACUAAAUUUCAGGAAAACCGAUGACACUUAUGCUUUAGAUCUAUUCUAUAGAACAGCUUCGAUGGAGCUGUUGACAUCACUUACGUUGUUCGAUCAAACUGACUCUACUUUUGUUUUCGCGCCUUGUGUGGAGCGUGCCACAGGAGCUGAAGCAUUCUUGGUAGAAUCUCCUCUACGAAUACUGAAGAAGGGCAACUACGUGAAGGUACCCAUAUUGUAUGGCUUCUCGAGCAUGGAAGGUUUACUUCGAAUAGACAUGUUUGAUAUUUGGAAAGAAAAGAUGAAUGACAAGUUUUCUGAUUUUCUGCCAGCUGACUUGGCGUUUAAAUCUGAAGCAGAAAAGGAAGAAGUAGCCCUAAGUGUUAAGAAGUUUUAUUUUGGGAAUGAACCGGUACAUAAAGAUACAGUGUUUGGAUAUAUUGACUUUUUCUCCGAUGUUCUAUUUACUUAUCCUAUGCUUCGAGCUGUGAAGUUGCAUGCGGAGGCUGGACACAAAGAAGUUUAUUUAUAUGAGUAUACAUUUUCCGACAAUGGAAGUACUACAGACAGCCAUAGUAUAAAACGAAGUGCUGAACAUGGUGCUCAGUCGAUUGCGUGGUUAGAUAAUAUGAAUGGCAAAAGUGAAAGCUUCUCGACUCCUGAAUAUCGGAAUAUGAGGGCCAUAGUUCGUAAAAUUUGGCACAGCUUUAUCGUGUCUGGUAAGCCUGUGCCCGAAGACUCAGUAUUGCCCGAGUGGCCACCAGCUGGCGCGGGGAGGGCGCCCUACCUGUCCCUAGACCUUAACGUCCAGCUACACAACAUGUACGUGGAAGAAAGUACCAGGUUCUGGGACGAAAUCUACCAAAAGCACUACAGGGACGCCUCACCACCACCAGUGCCAAGCUUUGAAAUACCCAAACCUUUCUCAUACAACAAUUCUUUGGAUUUUUUUUCUUAUUAAUUCUUAUAUAUUGUAAAGAGUGGUUUCAAUCGUUGCCUCUAGUGAGACCAGCUAACUACAAGAUCUCAGGUCUAAUCUUCAAGGUUGGUAAAGAAAUCUUUACUAUUACUAUCAUCAUAAUCAGAUCAGCCACAGGACGUCCACUGCUGAUCAUAGGCCUUACUUUAAUAUAUAAACCAUCUUCACUAUAUCGUACAAAAAAUUCUUUGUCUAAUUAAUAGAGUGUAUCUUUCCAAGAAUAUCUUAACUUAAUCUCUAUACUAGAGUUUAAAUAUUAGUAUCUACUAAUCUACUAAAACCUACUUGUCUUAGGCUUAGAUCAACCAGCCUUCAAAUCGAUUAUAAUUAUUAAUCGAAUCCUUAAUGUUCAGUAGUCGUGUAAUGUAUUUGUAACUUUUAAAUCGAGAAGACUGGUAAUUAUAAAGUUAUAGUGUAUUAUAAAUUAUUUUUGUUGA